AUGUCCCUCUAUGUAUACGUGUUGGAGCAAUUAAACCUCUUAAUCCUAAUAAUCGUUACUGCAAUCAACAAUGCAAAGUACCAAUUGGAAUCGGGUCUCAAUCAUAUUUCGUUCUUUGGAAGCACCCUUCUAAUAUCCGUCCAGAUUGAAAUAGCUUUUAAACAGUUGAGUUACUGUAUCAGCAGGAAGUUUUUUGGAAAAUUAUUCUACUGGGUUCAGGAGUUGCCAGCCAGGAAGUUUGAUGAUAUCUUUGGAGAUGAUCCUCAGAACAUUAUUCAACGCCGAAGAAAGUAUUCAGCUUUAUUCUUCGUAAUUUACAAUCUGGAUUUCAUAACAACUGCUACCAUUUUUGUAUUUCGAGUAAUCUUAGGAUCUGAUCCUGGAAGAAUUUGGCAAAAAAUCCCUUUCAUUGAGAAUGACAAUCAUCCAAAGUGGGUGGCAAGUCUUCAUGCUUAUUGCUUCUCAGUAAUAGGUGUAGUAACUCCCCUCAUCGAUUGCCCACUCGUUAUAAUCGGGAUACAGAUAAUGGGAUUUCUGGACAUUAUCAAUGGAGCCAUUCAGAAUCUCAAGAAAGAAGAAUUUGUCGACCAGUAUCAUAAAAUUCUGAAGAAUGUUUUUGAACUCCAUUGCGAAUUUAUUCAGGUUUUGAAUGAUUUCAACAAUGCCACUCGUUUUGCUUGCCUUUUCCAAUUCAUCGGGAGUAUGUUGAUGUUUUUGUCGACUUUUUCACUCAUCACAAUAUACCCCAAAGACGUAUUUAUGUACCAAAACAUCUUCUGCGUCUUUAUGCAAUUGGCGUUCUUCUGCUUAUUUGGGCAGAUUAUUGAAGUUAAAACGGAUAAAAUUUGCGAGGAAUUGUAUCAGACCAAUUGGUACAAUUUUACACAGGUUGAUAAGAAAAACUUACUUUUGAUGCUGAAAAUCUCUCAAAGGAAUUACUGCAUGAAAGCUGGUGGAAUGUAUCCCAUCAAUAUCUAUACUCUUUUUCAGAUCAUAAAGUUAGCAGUAACCUACUGUACUCUGAUGGUCACAUUACUGAAUUGA